AUGAAUGGAGAUAACAAUUUAGUCAUUCAAAAUCCAGAAUUGCAUAUACCCACUGAAUUUAAUCAACCCAUACCUUAUGUCAAAAUUGAAAAUGAGGAUAAUAAUGCCCAAUUGUUAUUAUCUUCUACACCACCAAUUCCAAUAAUUAAUUCAAAUACUUCGAUACCGGCUGGCCCAAAUUCGACAUUUUCAAAUUUAGAGUUUGUAAUUAAUUAUGAUGAAUAUUUUAGCAAGACAUUUACAAACAAUAAUGUUAAUAUAUUUAAUCCAGAAUUUUAUCAAAAUAAUUUCAAAUUAGAAAGUGAAGUAUUCAAUUAUUUUGUGGAUACUAUUUGUCCCGGUUGUAUAUGCUAUCCUCGUCGAGCCGAUGGUAGAAGUGGGUUGCUCCCAGUACCUAGCAUUGGAGUAAAUCCCGAUCUAAAUCCUUAUCUUUAUUUGGUAGUACCAUUAGCUCAAGUUUCUCCCAUUGUAUAUAAAGCCCUUGUGGCGGUAGCUUCAAAACAAUUAUCACUUUUAGGUAAUACAAAAUUUGAAUAUCUCGCUAGAAAUUAUACUUCCGAGAUUUUACAAAAAUUACCUAUGUUAAUAAAGGAAAAGCAAUUAUCAAGAUCAAGUGAUUGGGAUGAAGUACUUGCAACUGUUCUUAUGUUAUGUUUUACUGAUAUAUCUUCUAGUUGUGGGAAUUCUUGGUUAAUUCAUUUAAAUGGAGCCAAAGAAUUUUUAAAAGAUUCAACCAUAAGAUCAAAUUUAACUCCAGUUGCCAAAUUUUUUAUACGAUAUUUUAUUGCUCAUGAAGUCAUGGGAGAGACAGCUUGGUUUCAAAAUAAAAUCAUUGAAGAUGAUGAUUAUUUAAAGGGUUUAAAGAGUGAUACAAAUGAACAAAUUGAUUUAAUUAUUGGUGCUUCACCUCAUUUACUUUCUAUAAUAAAUCAAAUUUCUAGGCUUGGAGAAACUUAUGAAAGUUUUGAAUUCAAUAAUGUUCAUGAUAAAGAAUUUCUUGAAAUUCAUAAAUUUGUUACUCAACAACGUGAUAAAUUAGAAGUUCAAUUAAAUACUAUGCGUCAAUUUUUAGGUAUAAGUGAAUUGGAUAAUCAUACUCAAGAAAGUAUCUUAAAAAUAUCAGAAAUUAAGAAGUUGACAACUUUAUUGUAUCUUCAUGCAAGAGUUGACUUAGAAUAUUUGUAUUUGAAUCAUAGUAAAAUAGAUAAUAAUGGUAAUAGAUUUAUGGAGGAACCUAGUAAACUUCCUAAAAAGUAUAUGGAAAGAAUAAAGGGAGUUAAAGAAAUUACUAAGCAAUUAAUGAUAAUGAUAAAAUCAUUACCAGUUUCAAUGUCUUUACUUUGGCCAUUAUUUGUUAUGGGAAUUGUUGGAGUAGAAAAUGAUGAACAAAGAUGGUUUGUUCUUAGCCGAUUAAUUGAAAUGGAAAAAAUUAGGGAAUUAGCUAGUGUUAAAAUCACUAGAAGAGUAGUAGAAAGUGUAUGGAAGGAAAAAGAUUUGAAUUGCUUAAAUAAUCGUUGGAAAGAUAUGAUAAAAGGUAAGGCUAAUACCAUAAGUUUAGCAUAA